AUGAAAGAGCAGCCUACCACGGCACAACAAAAACAACCCAUGUCUCAAACGGAGAUUCCAGAAACCGCUGACGCGAUGGCGAAGCUCACCACGGCAGAAACGCCCGGCACAGACGAUGACGCCGUUGCCCGCCACGACGAUGCCGAAGCGACCAAACCAGAGCUGCCGGCCAUCAAGAAGCAGACCUUUGAGGACAUCAUGGCCGAUCUGAACAAGUCGCCCCUCUUCAUGACCGAGAUGGAGGAAAACGACGACAUUGCCGCGCUCCAGGCCCUCAGCUACGAAGGCACGCCGCUGGAGAACGGCGUCGACUUCAAGGCCCGCGGCAACGAGUGCUUCAAGGUGCGGGGCUACGUGGACGCGCGCGAGUUCUACACCAAGGGCAUCCAGAUCCUGGCCCGGGAGGAGCGCGCGCGGGCCGGCGGCGAAACCACCAAGAGCCCCGACGGCGUGGACGGCGCGGACGGCCCGGGGGAGGAAGUGGCGUCGCAGCGGGCGGUCCUCGAGGCGCUGCUGGUCAACCGCGCCGCCUGCCACCUGGAGCUGGGCAACUUCCGCAGCUGCUGGACCGACUGCGCGGCGGCGCUGCGGCUGAACCCGGCCAACGUCAAGGCGUGCUACCGCAGCGCGCGGGCCCUGCUGGCGGUCGGGCGGGUGGACGAGGCCGACGCCGUGUGCGCGCGGGGCCUGGCCCUGGACGCGGGCAACGCGGCCCUGCGCCAGACGGCGCGGGAGGUGGCCGCGCGCGCGAGGGAGCUGGGCGACCGGAGCAGGCGGGAGGCGGAGCGGCGGGCCGUGCGGGCGCGCCGGGAGCAGCUCCUGCGGGCGGCGCUCAAGGCGCGCAACAUUGCCACCAGGACGACGACCAAGGGGCAGCCGCCGCCCGAGAUGGGCGGCGCCAAGCUGGAGCUGGUGCCGGACCCCGACGACCCGCGCAGCAGCCUGGCCUUCCCCGCGCUGCUGCUGUACCCGGAGGACCUCGAGUCCGACUUCAUCAGGGCGUUUGACGAGCGCCAGACGCUCGGGGACCACCUGUCGUACGUGCUGCCGCUGCCGUGGGACAGGCGCGGCGCGUACACGCUCGCCGGGGUGUCGUGCUACGUGGAAACCGCCGACGGGGGCGUGCUCAAGCUGGGCAAGAGGGUGCCGCUGCUCAAGGUGCUGGGCACCGGCAAGGUCGAGGUCGUGGACGGGCUGCUGAGGAUCUACGUGCUGCCCAACGACAGGGCCGCGGGCUGGGUUGAAACGUUCAAGAGGGCCAAGAAGGCCGAGCUGGCGGCCAGGCAAGGCGGCUGA